UGUUCAUUGAGUUCCGCUUCGCUCGCUCGAUGGACUGAAUAAAAUACCGCCUGCUCUAAAGUGCAGGCUAGAAGCAGUGGAAAGUUAAUUACGAUGAGAGAAAUCUAUGAAAUCAACCGCUUUAAUUCUGGGGUAAGUAUAUUACCCUUUCCAAUUUGGAUCCGUUCGUAUAUUGGUGAUUUGUUAAUUCAUGUCGUGUUGCUUUCAGUGGUACGUCUAUCUCGGUCCUCAGUGCUCAAACCUAAACAGCGAUCAAGUCUUGCAGUGAUCUCUGCGAAGUAGUUGAAUUUUAAAUCUUGAAUCCACCCGUUGAAGAUGCUCUUAGUCUGUGAAGUUUUGCUGCUUUUUCAAGCUUCGAAUUUGUUGUUGGUAACUUCGGAUCAUCCAGGUAGGAAAGAAAAUUCUUAGUUCGCUCGCUCGAAUAUAGUUUUAAAGAGUUUAUAAAUUGUAAAAUUGUUAAGAAACCAGGACAUUAUAAGAUAUUCUAUUAUCUAGUUCACUAAUUUGUCAAAUAUAGUUAAAUGAGCACGCAAGAGAAGAAUUCUAAAAGUGUAAGUGUCAGAACGAAGAUUCUAGGUUCUGAAAGAGUUGUCAAGCAGUCGCCAUAUCGCCCCAUGUAAGGUAAUCCGGAAUCCGGAAUCCAGGUAAUUUUGGUCUGUGGAAUCCGGAAUCCACGGCUUUGGAAUCCGGAAUCCAGCCAAUGGAAUCCGGAAUCCAAGCAUUGUAAUCCAGAAUCCAGGUUGCUGGAAUCCACUCUGUUGUGAUGGUUCCAGGGCCUCUUCUUUUCCUUUAGCGACUUCUCAUGUCGCAAGGACACGCAACAGGCAUGUUCACGCGUGUUUCACUCGACUGUUCCUAUUGGUUUGGGCCACUGACUGCGAUCCCAAGCAAAAGAGCUUUAUGAAUUCCAUGCUAGCAGACAGGGCGAAGUACCCCUACCAAGUCCCUAUUCGUGACUGCCCACACAACAUCAAGUCAGUACGUUCUGCAGAGUUUUGGCAUUGGAUUGACAUUGAUGGAUACCUAGUGAAUGUAAGGCUGCUUUUGGUGCUACGUAGAGAAUACGAAGACAUCAAAGCAGUUCGAAACAAAGAUCGGAUGGAUGUAGAAACAGCAGUGGAGAUUCACCGGAAAGCGAUUCAAGAUUCCAUUCCAGAUGAAAGAGUGAGCACAACAUUAGUUCCAGAACUGGAAUUCAAGCACUGGAAAAAGAACGGGGCCUCUCUUUUAAGCUACCCGGUAGGAUUGGCAUUCUCCCCAAAGCAUAGCAGGCUGUUUAUUACCGAUAGACGUCUCCAUGCAGUCCUCAUGGUUGACAUGCACUGUCCAGCAAAUGUCACAUUAAUCGCUGGUGGUGGUGAUCCCAGGCACACUAAUGGAUAUGGCAACAAGGCCAGAUUUAGAAACUCCAGCUGGUAUUGCGGUGAAAGAGAGCGGGAAGCUGUACGUUUGUGACCAAGGAAACGGAAGAGUUAGAGUAGUCAAUUUGCGAACGCUUUUCUGUCACGCUUCCCAGAUUGUACAAGGGAGCGCCGAAGAAAGCCAGAGUGAGGAAGAAGAUUCACAGCAUGAAAAAUCAAAUUUACGUGAGCGUAAUGACAGCGUAAAGUCAGCGUAUAGUUGAAUUUUACACAACUUUACGCUUCCUUUACUCUACGUAAAGUUCAGCUUUACAGCACCUUUACGCGUACAUAUAAAGCUGGCGUAAUGAAACAAAAACUUUACGCAACACCUUUACGUUUUGCGUAAAGCUUGUGUAAACCCUACUUUAAGCUUGUGUAAAGCGAAAAUACAAGCUCCUUUACGCCAAAUAUAUAUAUACACAUAAACACACUGGAAACUUUAAAAAUACCGGUAAAUAUAAUGGUAAUCGGUAAAUUUUUCUUACCAAACUUUUAACAAUCAAAAUUUUAUUUUUGUCUAUGUCACACAAACAUUGGAUUUUUGUUGUGUACUUAAUACCGGUUAUUUUCUUUGGUUCCCCAUCAUCUCUCCAUAGUAUUUACAAUCUGGAGCCAUGGAGGAUUACUCAUAUAUACAUUACAAAUAAUUGUAUGAGUAAUCCUCAAUUCAAGUUUCGACACAAAAUAAAAUACCCUAAUAUGUAACAACACUUCAACACACAGUUAAAGGAUUAGGCCAGAAAUUUUGUUUUUAUUCUUCAAAACUGACAACAAAAACGAAAAGUUAUAAAGCGUUGAGAACCCAAUAGACCUAUAGAAAAAUAAGAACCCAACUUCAAACUGACAUUAGUCAUCCCUACUAUUAAGUUAUAACUUGCUUUAAUGGAGUUAUAUUGUUUAACCAGUAGAUGAACUUUGAAUAAGUAGUAGUUUAAAAAAUAGGGCCCCUUUCCGUUUCCAAUUUUGCAUUACCAUAACCAAUUUUCAAAUUGCCCAUCUUUAUUUUUACAUUUCAAAUCCUAUGAAAAUCGCCAGGUAUGCUACAUUGUUGUAACUGCAAAAGCUGCAAAUACGAAUCGCAUUCUUUAAGUUUAGUCCAGCAAAGAGUGAUAUUACAAGGUUUUAAAAAACAAAACACACUGAUUCUCUAAAACUGAAUUUUCUAAAUAUAGCAUGAUUUAUUUCUGUGUUAGCAUCUUUGUCAUUACAUUAAAAAUAAAAAAAAAACGAAAAUUUUUCCAACACGUAAGGUUUAAAUAAGAAGACUGUUUUGACCCAUUUGAAAAGUACAUAAACUUUUCAAAUGGGUCAAAACAGUCUUCUCAAAAUAUCCAAAAAAAAUCAUCUUAACUUAGUAUUAUACCAAAUUAAGAUGAUUUAUAGUUUAAAAUAAUUAUUAGCAUUUACAUGUAAGGUACAGGGUGUACAAGAAAACUGAUGAAGUUAAAUUUUGAUAAAAAACAGCAACUCUAACACGCAAAUUAAUGUAAAGGUGGGUCAAAAUGGUCUCUUCCAAAAUGAAAAUAUUUAGUAUAAUUUGGCAUAAUUCAAAUUAAAAGCUUAAACAAUUUUAGAUAAGAAAUAAAAAGACUGAAAGCCUAAUACAUGUAUAACAUUGAUGGUUUCUUGAUUUAGCCCUUUCACUUUUACAGUCAAACUUAACAACAAAAUCCAAAUAACAAAUCAUUUUCAUAAACUGAUGAUGUAAAAGUUAGAUGCACAAGGCUGUCACUAAGAUUGCAAGUUGCAGGGUUUAAGUGAAAUUAGUGAGCGGGACAUUGAAAAUGUGGAAAGUUUCGUUUCCUCUCAAAACAUCCAAGUAUUGGGCUCAAAGUAGCCGAUUUAAAGUCUGGUUUAUGGCCCUUAGUGACAGCCCUGGAACCACUUUACAAGACUAAGGCUUGUAAUUAACAUGUAUUAAUCCUGUUUGCUUUGAGAGGACUUUCUGUCACCAACAUCCCAUACCAGGCUGAUCUGCUGAAUAAAUAGAAAGCAAGUAUUAUUUGAGUAAACUACACAGAUUAUUUGUAGGCUAGUGAUAAUACACUUAAUCGCGCACUAAAGGCACAAGUACAUGUACAGUAAGGGGGUGUUUACAUGAGAAAACUCACACCGGCGCGAGUCUCAUACCAGGAUGACUUUUUGAUUUUGUAUCGGGUUUACAUUAUGACUGAGUCAUUUCAUAUCUCGUUAUUUGAAGGUACACUUUAUGUUGAUAAAAUACAAGUGUGAUACAAAAUAGCAAACAUUACGCGUGCGCUACCCAUUCCAGUCUACCGGCAGACCGAUUUCAUGCCGAAACGGGUGGUCGUUUCGCAUUUACAUGAUACUGCCAUGAGAUUUUGUACCAGAGUGAAAUUCUCGCCCCGGUACAAGAACCGGGGUGAACUCACGCUGGGGUGACUCGCGCCUGCAUGACAUUUUGUGGUGGUAUCAUGUAAACAAAUAUAGAGCUAUGAGAGGGAACCGGAGUGAACUCGCUCCGGGGCAAAAGUUGCCCCGGUAUCAUGUAAACACCCCCUAAGUUGCCAGAGGACACCGCCUGCUAUUACUAAUUAAUAAUAUUUUUUCCCACACUCAUGGCCAAAUUACUACAAUCAGCACAAUUUUACUUGACACAGGGUUCCCCACAUGCCUCUUUUCACAAACCAAGACUAAAAAUUUGAAAAGAAUGAUAAGGCAUUUUCCACAAGUGGUCUAAUAACAGUGCAAAACCUGAGUAGCAAAUGAUUUCAAUGUCCACAAAUUCACACAACUGAAUAAGAUUCAUCUGACUGUUAAAGAUUCAAAAUGUUUGACUAGUAUGAGUUAAAGGCUUUCCUUAAAGGCAAUAAUAUUUACAUUCAGAACCCUACUUGCAGUUGAGUGAAAAUCAGGGUAAAAUGCUACAUGGAAACCCUAUAAUAAUAAUAAUAAUAAUAAUAAUAGUAAUGAACUUUAUUAAAGUCUCAUGUCUUAUAACACAGGCACAGUGCCUUACUAGUUGGGGAGACUGAAGCAUAUAUAUAUGUUAAAUUUAUCAACAAUGGUUUAUUAUAUUAUUAGAGUUCAAUGUUUUACAAUGUAUAUCUUUUUUUAUUUUAAUGUAUGCAUUUUUAUAAAAGUAUCAUCCAUUAAUAUCGUUGUAAAGUGCUAUGAAAAACCACUGGAUGUACAUUAUUAUUAUUAUUAGAGAGUAAGCAGUGUGCAAAGAAAGUAGUGUCCGAUACUCCGGGGCUAGUGGAUUUUGCUAUCGAGCUAGUGAAUUUUGAACUUAACUUGCCCGAUGGGCAAGUGAAGUUUUUUUGAGGAAUUCAAAUUAACGAAGAACUGUGAAAUCGAUUCUGCUCAUCAAAACGGUUUGGGGGCUAGUUGAAAUGACAUUUGGGCUACUAUAUGCUAGCUUCAGCUUGCCCGAAUGGCAAGCUUUAAAAAUCACCUUCUUUGCACCCUGGUAAGAGAGAAAUUUUCCUAUCCACUUGUCCUUCACACAAGCAAUACAUUAAAUUUGGUUGUCCGAAACCUAGAGUUCUUGUCCAAAAAGUUUAGCUUGCAACGGGCAUUUAAUGUUUUUAAUCACAUUAUUUAAUCACAUUAUUACCCUUGUAUAUUAUUUUUGAAUUAAACCUACAACAGAGCUUGUAAAAAAGCAAAUGGAUGAAACGACUGGCAGUGGAAUGGCAAAGUUAAAUGGAAUAUUGUUUCUUAUCUUUAUUUUUCUAAUUAACAAUGUGCUUGUCCCACGGACAAGUCAUAUCAAAGGUUUACAUGUUCGAACUAAAUUUCUACCUGUCCCGGACUAAAGUUCCAAAUCAAUAAACAUCCCUAGCCUUCUCAUGAGCUCCACCAAAGACUUUCAAGGAAAAUAUAGAAACAUAUAAGCACCUUAUUCCCAAAAGUUUCAAAUUUUCCUGAAACUUUACCUAAUAUAUUUUUUUCCUUUUUAAUACGAAACGUUCAAGGUUCCUAGUUAAUGUAACAGGAGUGAAGCCACUUUGCUAUUUAAAGCCCUUAUCCUCAAUCUUCAAAACAAUGCCUCCUAAUAAUAAUGUACAGUGUACCCUGUAAAUAAAGCAGCCUAUUUUCUUUCCUUGCCACCAGGGACAUUUCACAAGAGAGACAGUUGUAUUUGCAGAUUAAUAAUGGUGUAUGUAGACAAGAGAAUCCAAAACAGCUAUGACUGCUAUGACUCUCUUAACAGUCCUAUCUUUCACAACUUGUUUCUUUAAAUUUUAUUUUCCUUUAAACCUAGAUUUACUGACAAUACAACUAUGGUGCAGAUAGAACAAUUUCUGGUUUCUAACAUGACUGUGUGCUUUGCUUCCCAAAAAGUAAGGCAUUCAAUUUCCUGACAGUAUGUGCUGCACUAUAUUCUCUCAAGAACCACAAUAUAAUUUCAUAGGAGCAGUGCACAAUGAAGAUUAAAAUUAAUGGUAAUAUAUGAAAUGAAUCAUACUUUGAACUGCAGAUGAAGGUAUGAAACUGUGAAGAUGUUAACAACUAUGUUGGCACUUACAUGAAAAUACAUUCUAAUUCAAUCAUGGUCUGCAUUAGCUAUGCAUUGAAAGACUCAUGAAAAUGUCUAUUCAUUCUCUGUUCAUUUAAGUUAAAACCCACGUAAUUUAAAAUCAAAAAUAAACUUUUGUAUCUGCUUCAAAAAAUACAUGCAUGCUGUUAAAUUAUUCACCACUUAUGACGCUAUGACUGCCCGGGGAAUUGGGAAGCUUGGGUUUGUUACUGACUGACGCAUGAAAAUAUAGAACCAGACUACGUAGAUUAUCUUUGCCUACUUGCAAAUUCAACACUUGUUAACACUUUUCUAUUCUGUUUAUUAGUUCUUCUAUAGUCUGUGAAAAUUUUCAUAAGAAUGUUUGUAUCACAUUACAUGUAAGCUUACUUUAUACAGAUGUCCUUUCUUAAUUCCAUUAUUUUCUUUUAGUAAUUCCCAGUACCAGUGACCAAACUCCUAUUUUCCAGUACAAAACAAGGAAAUUCUACUCCUUCAGACCCCCAAAGUCCUUACAUGAUUUUACAUUAUCAUCUUCAACGUCAUGGUCUCGUUGCUUGCUUAGUAUUGAAAGGUUAUGCCAAAUAAAUACACAUGUUUAGUUAUAAUUUACUUUAAACGGUUAAUGCUGGUUUCAUUGCUCACUGAAAUGUUAGUUACUGAGUACUUGAGACAGUCAUUCGAACUCGUCAUAAACAAGUUGGAAUUAAGCUUAAAAAGUUAGAGAAAAGGCGAGCCAGGACAACUUACCUUGCCUUACUAUCUGCUCUUUUCAGCGAGAUCUUGAGUAUCGAAGAGCCUUAGUAAUACGUGUAAUACAGUCUUGGUCUGUGUUGUGAACAUUCCAGUGUUAAUGCUUGUGCUUCACACGAUGUUUCUGUCUCCAUUUCUGACUGCGUAUCUCGUCCCGAAAGGGUUGCUGCACACUUGAGAAGUGAUCGAUUACUAAAGGCUGAUAGUGCCAUUAUAAAUUGUAACAACCUUAAGAUGUCCUGUGAUGCUAUCAAGAAGCAUAAUAUAUGAACGAUCUCCAACCUUUCAAAGAAGCAAGUUUGAAACCGUUGGACACUUUCAAAAUGGACGCCAAAUCAACGAACCUGAUUGAGCAUGUGAAAAGGAACAAGCCCGCUGACCAGGUGUCCCUUCACUCUAUUGUUUCCAGGCCCCUUUCUUUUAACAAAUUGUCCGUUCCCAAACGAUGAAGCCAGUACUCCGUUGAAUGUAAAAUGGUCACAGUAAUUUUCUGAAUGCGUUCUUUCUUUAAGUAAGACUCGCCGUUUUUGCGAGGCGAUAUUUUUUCUUUAUUUUCCAAUUAUUUCAAUUUGAUCAAACUACAGUUGAAACUCUCUACAACGGCCACCUUAGGGACAUCAUAUCGAAGAAAGUGGCCAUAGUAGAGAGGUUGAAAGAAGAGUAAAUGUAUGUCAUGUAUGGACCGUCCGCCGAAAAAAAAAAACAACAAAACAAAAAUGGCCCGUGUAGAGAGGUGACCGUUAAGGAAGAAACACCUUAUACUGACUGAAAUCAAUGAGGGAAUACUACUGAGUAUUGAAGGCUAUUGUGUUUGCCGCGACAGAUAUGCCGUUUUUCGAAAAUUGCCGCACAGUCGCAAGCUAUAUCUUUGCAUGAACUCUGCCAGCAGAAUUUUCUUUUCAGCGUCAUUUUUAAGCGUGUACGAAGUCGUUCGCACCACCAAAAAAAAUUUGCGUGGUUGGCUUGUUUACAUCGCACACCAACAUCGAACACCAAAUGAGUGAUCAAAAAAACUAUGCGAACUAGUAUCAGGACACAAACGACUUACUAAAAACAGUGCCGGGAAUAAAUUGCUGUUAGGAAUUAAGCUAGCAUUAUAUGACAAGCUUACUAAACCUUUACUUGUAGCGUAAAUGAGCGUAAAGCUGUUACAACAACUUUAUGCUAGCUUUACGAAACCUUUAAGAGCCGAGCGCGUAAAUUUACCUUUACAAACCUUUACGCGCCGUGGAAAGUUUGCGUAAAGUUGGAUGACCAACUUUACGCAGGUUUACGCAAACUUUAAUUUUGCGUAAAUCUCCAUUUUCAUGCUGUGAUUGCGCCGGUAGACGUAUCCGUAAAGUCCAUGUACACGAUCAUUCCCUUAUUUCUGAAGGUAAUGUACCGAAUCUGGUGUCACCAUUUGCCAUAUGUGCGUGUGCAAAGGGUAGCGUUGAACUGUUUGUGUCAGACGUUGGUCUUGGCAAGAUUUUUUCAAUUUCUGGUGUUGUAGACGAUGAGGAAACUAACUGCGUCGGCCAGUCAAAUGAAUUGUUUUGUUUUGAUCGAUCUAGUCUAUUAACUUCAUUAGCCUUAACACGUGACGAGCAAUACUUGUUAGUUGGAGACGGGAAUGGUUCAUGUAUUCAUCUUUGUCAAGUGAGAGGACGAUUGAAACUGAGAACAAUUUCGAAUAUUCCAGGCCUCAUGGGUAUUGCAGUGACAGAUGGUGGAACCGUGUUCUUGUCCUCCAGCAAAGAACACGCACUGUUCAGUUUGAAGGUAGAAGAGAUGCUUGGGGGUAACGAAACCCUAACAAAAGUGUGUGGAGAAACUGCAGGCCAUCGUGAUGGUGUCCAAAGUUGAUGGAACAAGCCUACUGCUUUAUGCGUAUAUAUGUUUUCGUAUGCGGUACCGGUAACGUAGCAAUAAGAAUGUUGACGUCAGCAAAGGGACUGAUCCCCCUGCAAAGUAAGAUGGCCCAAUAUGCAAACGUGUUCCGACUCGAGAAGAAAGCCAAAGAAUAGAAAGAAAGCCUGCGUAGCUUGUGGUAUAGUAAUUGGACUAUCUUCACGCUAUUUGUUGGUAAGCUGUAACUGAAGUUUUACAUUUCUGUGUGGCAAUUAAACAAUUCGGAGACGAAUUAUGUUUGAACCUGAAAAGCACUGAUUUUGGCAAUGUGUACCUCUUUUGUUAUUGUUGACGCCGUUGUUAUUAUUAAAAUAAGAAUAGCCCUUCCUCGUUAGUAUUUCUUCAACGAUGUGGACUCAGUGGACUUCAGAAACCGCUCCUAUAUUCAUAAUCCUCUCGGUUAAGGCCAAGAAUUAUAUUUUAUACUUAUAUUUUAUAUAAGACAAUGUACACUUCGGGUAAAAAAAGAACAAGCUUUUUUGGUGAAAACAAAGUACAAAGGAAACGUUGAAAACCAGAAAAUAGAAUUUUGAAAUCUGGAAUCCAGCCACUUAUGGAAUCCGGAAUCCACGGAUGUGGAAUCCGGAAUCCACAGGCAUGGAAUCCGGAAUCCACAGCGUGGAAUCCGGAAUCCAAGACUCUCUUGGAUUACCUUACAUGGGGCGAGCCAUAUUUUCUCACAUGAGGCUGAUAGCGAGAGGACUGGACGCAAGUUAAGUGCCAGAAAAAGUGAUGAGGGAUGGGGGGGCGGGGAGUAAGGGGGAGUGAUUGAUGAGAGGUAGAAUAUCGCACAAAAAUGAAGAGGCCACAAUUGCAGCACCUUUAAACUUUCUUCAGAGGAAUCAAUUCAGCGUUGUCGGAUAUUCGUAGACGCUCGUUCACUUAUUUUGGAAAGGUGAAUAGUGUUAUCCGCUGGAUAAAUCACACUGGAUUGCGCAAUUUUUAUUGGUUUCCGUAACACUUAUCUGUUGGAUAGCGAUUUAUCCGAUGGAUAGCGCUAUCCACCGGAUAAAUCACUAUCCAGCGGAUAAGUACUGUACCGUAAAAUCCCACGUCACAGUUAAAGCCCUGGGCUUAUAUAACUUCAUAAGGGGUUUUGGGUGGGCUUAUAAACGGCGGGGUGUGGGCGGGAGGGGGGCUUAAAACCGGGGCGGCUUUACCGAGGGAUUGUAUGGUAUCAGGGAAACUAAUUUCAAAAUGACUAUUCACUGGAUAGAGAUUUAUCCGGUGGAUAGCAACAACCGAGACCUGUUCUCCCAUUCCCCAAUAGUAUCAACCACGAAUUUGAACAUUCUUGACAACAUUUUUCUUUAGAAACUAACCCCUUCAUUCAUCUUUUUUCGUGUUUUAGUUUGUAUAGCUCCUUAAAUGAUCAUAAAAAUCCAAUUGGAGUAAGUAACUUGAUCAGACCAUACUGAGGUUCCAGUGAGAGAUUUCGAUCCAAAUGCAAUGAAGUCUGAAUGUGACCUCAGUCUCGGGAUUCUCUACCUAAGAAUUAGACGCACGCGCGUUGAGAUAAGUUUAUGGAACUCAAACAGUUAAUUCAUCAUUUUCACAUAGACCAUAAUGGAUCUUUUUUACCCCCCGAAAUUUUGCAUAACCAUUGUCUUCGAUUUCUCUUGAUGGGACCACUGUUAUCACCAUCAUCGUCAACUGCCAUCUACUAGUAGUAGGUCGGCUAUCAUGGAUCUCCAGCUGUUCCGAUCAUCCGCUCUUCUUACACAUCCAUUAUAGGUGUGUCCUAACCAUUCUUUGAUGUUUGUCAUCCAGGUAACUCUUAGUCGCCCCCGUCCUCUCUUCCCUUCAAUUUUGCCUUCCAGUAACUGUUAUACCCAGGCUAAAUUGGAAACAAUGGUUAUGCUAAAUUUUGGGGGGUAAACAAGGUGUAUUAUGGUCCAUGUGAAAGCAGUGAAUCAGUUGAAAAGAUAUUAAAAUUCAAUUUGAUAUGAUGAUAUAUUUCCAGUAUAGUGUUAUAGAUGGUUGUUAGGUUGAUCAGGUAGGGCGAUAUAAAACAUAUUGUACCAUUUUCAUGUUUUCUUUCCUAACUGGUUUGCAGAGGAAUGGUCGAGUUGGAGCACUUGUUCUAAGUCAUGCGAUGAAGGAAUUAGAAUGAGACACAGAACUUGUGAGCACUGUAAUACAACUUUGCAAACACAAAGCUGCAAGAAUCAACCAUGUCCGGGUAUGUAGACGUGACAGGGUUUCUAAACAUGGCUUGCGCUGGUCAGCGAAACAAUUCACCGUAACGAUUAACAAAUAAAUGGCCUUAAGCAAUGGCAUUUUUGAGUGACGAAGGUCAACCGUAAGUGCGUUAUGCAUAAUUGAGCAGUCGUUUUACCCAAAUUUCGGACACUGAAUUGUAGCUAUAAGAGUGAAGACACUUCUUCACACAAAUUUGGUAGCGUCAAGACUUUUAAAAAGGAAAACGCCUCACUACCAGUUGACGGACGCCCCUCAACGGCUCUCUGGCCCGUAAUUUCCUUGGUCUCUCUAUUUCUACCAAUGCAAGCUAUUUAAGCAAUAGACCACACUUUCUAUGGGUUUACCGGCGUGAUAACCAACGUAGGAUGUUGGGAGAACACGAGAAAAGCUUGUAAACCACGAGCCGAAGGCACAAGAGGGUUAUCACGCUGGACUGGCGCUUUAAAGGGCAACUUUAAUUCGCUCACCCAUUUUCUUGUCCUGUCUCUUCCUUGAAUGUUGAUAAUGUCAGGACGCUUCUCUUAUGUAUUUUCUUCCUUUACUAGAUAUUCAAACUCAGAUUAUUGUGAUCGUCGUAGUCACAAUUGUAUUCAUCUCCAUCUUAACAGCCGUUCUUGUGGCUAUCUUUUUUGUCAAAGGAACACAUUCCGGAAAACCAAGAGCCAGGUUAGUUCAAUUCGCAUCAAGUUAGAACAAAUAGCACUUAACUGAUGCGGUGGGAGAUAAGCUACUUGUUAUUCUAAAUAACUGGGCCAGGGGUGAAUACAGUUUUGGAAUCGAAUUCUGUUUUGAAAACAUUUGAGAAUUAAUCAAGGCCCCAAAAUUUUGGUGCUGGUGGUGGUGGUAAAAAAGCAUUAUGAUUCAUGCUUGUCAACCACAAUGGAAGUCACAAGUACUAUAAUGAGACAUACAUUUGAUGUAAAGGAAGACUUCUGGCGCGAAACACUUUUGCUGGUCUUCAGGAGUUUAUAUUGACUCCCUCCCUUCCCUUCCCUUCCCCUCCCCUCCCUCACGCAACCAUGGUGCUAAAGAUGAACCCUUAUCAAAACUGUGUAAAUUGGGUUUUUGAGAAUUUCAUGUUCUUUGUGAGCGACCAUUCUUCUAGCAAACUCUGCGUUGACACCGGCCUUUUUCUCAAAUCUAAUCGUGCUUAGCUCUUUUCAAUGAGACACUACUAGUACCGUGAUUUUUCACAAACUGAAAAUGUUUGCGGGUACAAGGUUGAAUUAGACACAAAAACCAAACAACGUACAACACAAAAAAAACUUUAGAUGGAGGGCAAGUGGCCGUGCAGAGUAAAGAGAAAACAAGACUGAAUGUAUUCGUCGAGACAAACGAAAUCUGCAAGGCGUCUAAACUUGUCAACGUCCAUGGAAAUGUGCAAACUUCUUUAAAAAUAUUUUGCGCUGCGUUUUUCACUGAUUGCCUCCCUUUUUUCUGACAGCUCUGUCGACUCAAGCAGGAGACUACGAACCAUAACUCUCGAAAAGGUUCCAAGGGGAAUCAACGUAGAACACAGAGGGUUUCUAUUACAGCGCUUGAUAGAGAGCAGAGGUUCACUUCAGACUAGUAAAACUACGUUGAAGGACUAUGGAGAAUCUAAACUAUGAUCCAUCUUGCAGUUGGCAGUGAUUAGUUAAGGUCACCCAACAGCAGAGAACUGAGGAAGAUUUUUUAAUAGCCCACGUUCGAUAUAGUAAAAUUCUGAACAUGACUCCGAGGCUUUCUGGUCAUUUUUCUAUAUUUAGUUUGGUUUUCUUUGUGCUCAAGUCUCAGCUGGGAACUGCGAGACAAUGGAGUCGUUUUGAACAUAAAGCCUCGGAGUGGGAGUCAUAUUAGAAUUUUAAUAUAUCGAACGUGUGCUAUUAUGAAGUAAUUCCGCUACUUAGUACCGGACAAUAGAGGGACAGAGUAAUCGAGGGUCUGCAUUUCUGCCUGUGUCCUAGCCCCUCACUCAGAAGUUCCUAGGGCUUCGUCAAGCGUUCCUUUCCUACGAACUUUCCUGGGGAAGGAAAGCGUGAUGAAGCCCAUAGAACCGCUGCGUGGGAGGAUCCCAAGGGAGUUCUCUGGAUUUCAAGUGAUGGGGAUGAUCGAAGGAUUUUUUUUGUGUUUGAAAUUUUCCAUUCCAGGAUUUUUUGGUGAGGAAAAUUUGGCGAGUAGUUUUUUGGGUGGCUUGAUUUAAGUGGGGAUUUUUGGGGGGAUUUUUUUGCCCCAGUUGCUCGAACGCCGGUUAGCGCUAACCCAGGGUUAAAUUUUAACCGGGUUUCUUUUUCUUUUUUUUAUCAAAAGCACUCUCUUGGAUAAUUUCCUCUUUUCUUUUUAGAGAAUCCAGUCAUCAAAUUGUAGGCAAAGAGAAUUUAACUGAAUUUGCUUUUUACGCUCUCAUAUCUGAGUUCAAAUUUCGCACUAACCCUGGGUCACCUUAACCCAGCUUCUAACAACUCGGCCCUGAAGACUCGUGGUGGUACCCGCGUUUCCCAGCCGCAAACACAACCAUUCAAUCUGUAAUUUAUUUUUCAUGUUAUAUUAUUUAAUACUGUCUAAAAAAAAUGGGGGGUUAAUUAUCGGUUCAGGGAUUUCUUCGGGGUUUUGGUUUUUGCCCCCAUUCGAUCAUCACCGUCACUUGAAAUCUGGAGCCCAACUGGCUACCCAUGUCCUGGAUUGAAAGCAGAUGCAUGCUUUGUGGCAAUAAUUUCGUGAAA